AACCCUCACUCACUCCGGUGAAGACAGAACAAAGGCAAGCAGCAAGAUGAAGCACCUGUUGUUUUUGGGGAUUGCAUUUUCUGCAUUCUACAUCAGCCAUUCGAAUCCUCCAGAUUUCUGUCAAUUGGCCCCUGAAGAAGGUGAAGGUUCAAGCUUUACCUUUUCAAUGUAUUAUGACCCCAUCAAGGGUCAGUGCAAUCCUUUCCUUUACAAAGGCCAAGGAGGAAAUGCCAACCGUUUUGAGAAUGAAAGAGAGUGCAUAAGGAACUGUUCUGUCAAUGCAGAAAACAUCUACCCCAUGGAUGUAUCCCAAGCCUGCCACUUUAAAAAGGCCAUAGGUGAUUGCAGUGGUCAGUAUUUGAGAUACUACUACGAUUCUGUUCAUGACAAAUGCAAAAAAUUCCUCUGGUCUGGAUGCAUUGGAAAUGGAAACAGGUUUUUUGAUCAAGGGAGCUGCAACUCCACCUGUGAUGGCAUCCACGAUGAUGGUGUGGAAGAAGAGGAAGACGAGCCAGACACUCCUAUUGCCAUCAUCUGUGGAGUUCUGCUUUCUGUCAUUAUUGCCGCUAUCUUCAUAACUGUGAUUGUCUUGACUGUUCAGUCAAAGAAAAAGAGCCCCAAAAUGAAGGCAGAAGGGAAAAGUAAAGACAUCCAGUCUGGCUCACCUCUUCAGGAUAAGGCGAUUGAAAUGGCAUAGAAAAUCAUGUCACCUUGAUGGCAACAUUCAUCAGCUUGGUUGUGUAUUAUAACUCUAAUAGUCUUGAUACCAAACAUAACUGAUUGCAACAUUUAACUUCAAUUUCGAUUUUUUUUACUGACAUUAUGUACAAGCCAUUACAAUUUUGUUGUUUCAUGUUUUGUUUCACACACAACAUGUGCAAAGUGAUGUGUCUUAAGUUGUGUUAUUUCCUGGGAACUUUAUACUGUACUUUCAUUUAGCAAUUUAAAUAAAUCUGAUCAGUCACAAGUGUUAUCAAAAGCAACCACAGCGGUAACGAUUUGUCAAUUAAUUGAUCUGUUGAUUUAACUGAAACCAUUUGAAUAAUUGAUUAAUUGUUGAAGUCCUUUUUCCAGGAAGAAUGUCAACGGUUUCCUUUGUUGCAGCUAUUCAGUUGUGAGGAUUUCCUGCUCUGCUUUGCCUUAUGUGAUAGUAAACAGAAUACAUUUGGGUUGGCGGACAAAACAAUUUGGGAUCCAGGAAAUUGUUUCUUACAAUUUUUAUAGACCAAAUGAUUCACUGAGAAAACAGUGGGCGCAUCAGUUAUUAAUUCAAUUCAUUGUUUAGUGCUGCACCUGAAGUUUUGAGAAAUAUUUCCUUUAGAAGCAUCUCAGUAUUUUUUUGAUGACAAACGAACUGCAUCAUUCAGGUACUCAUCUGCUUUUGCACAAUUACCUCAAAUGCUUUCUAACCAUGCAUUUCAAUGUUUCCAAAAUAUAACUGCAUCAUCACCUGGCUCAAAGAUUUGUUGAAAACUAUCUGAAGUCUUCUGAAGACACAUGCCAAUUCUAAACCCAACACAUAUAUUUAGAGGUGUUUUUGUGAAGUGCAUGCCCACUGCAUACUCUGUUAUUAUCUUUUCCGGCUCAGCAUUUGUGAAUCUUUUGUUUUAGGCUGUAAACUUCUCAACAUAAUAGUGUCAAAACCAACCUGUCACAUCUUCCUGAAAUGUGUCGCUGUUGUAUCAAAUGUUUAUGCUCAUGCCUUGUAUUUGGGAUAUAAAAGCAGUUUUGCAUAAGAAUCA